ACCUGGCAACCUUCGGCCAUAGCACAGAGGCAUAUGCGGACUGCUUAGCUAGUGUGCUAGCAACAUACAUGUGGAGGGGAUUGCAUCCCAAACUCUACCUAAAUUCCCCCUUAGACUGUCAAAUAUCGCCAACUUGCCCUUCACAACAAACGCCUUUUCUUCAACAUGAAAGGCCGGAUCGAGUUGGGGGAUGUUACUCCCCACAACAUUAAACAAUUGAAGCGUCUCAACCAAGUGAUCUUCCCUGUCAGCUACAAUGACAAGUUCUACAAAGAUGUUCUGGAGGUUGGAGAGCUCGCCAAGCUAGCAUACUUCAACGACAUUGCUGUUGGUGCCGUGUGUUGUAGAGUGGAUCACUCUCAAAACCAGAAGCGACUCUACAUCAUGACACUGGGCUGCCUAGCACCUUACCGCAGACUCGGCAUAGGAACCAAAAUGCUGAACCAUGUUUUAAACAUUUGUGAGAAGGAUGGCACUUUUGACAACAUUUACCUUCACGUGCAGAUCAGUAAUGAGUCUGCAAUCGACUUCUACCAGAAAUUUGGCUUUGAGAUCAUUGAGACAAAAAAGAACUAUUACAAGAGGAUAGAGCCAGCAGAUGCCCACGUUCUUCAGAAAAGCCUGCGCAGCCCAUGUGCGCCCCCAGCAGGAGAGAUCCAGAAAGCCGACUAGAGGUUGAAGCAUGACACAGAUUGGUCUAUUCCCUCAAAUGGAACUGUAACUGAUGCCCCAAGGUUGACACACUCACCACUUUCUUCAGAGGACAUUUUAGACAGAAAAAGUCAAAGAAAUAUUUGCUACAUUUUUUGUGCAAAAACUUUAGUCCCCCAAAAUUUGUGUUCUUUUUAUUAUUAUUUUUAUUAUUAUUUCUUAAUAUAGAGAGUUGACAAUAAAUUGAGGUUUUCAAGCAGAAUCCAUAAGUGCUCCAAAAGCUGCUGACUUCUUAUUGACCUCACAUGUUGAAGGUUAUGUUUGCAAACGCAUACUGUUUGCAUUUGUUUUAGAUUUGAUAAAGGUAAGGGGACAUAACUUACUUGGACAAAACAGUAGAACUAAAAUCUUUCUAAAUAUGACUGUUCCUGACUCAAGAUUCCCCAGCUGGCAACCUUGGAGUGAUUGUUUGAAUUGUCUUAGGGACACAUGGAGUCCUCAGAACUCGAGCAUACCUCCACCCGAGCACUCGGACACAUGGCAAGGGAAUCUACUGGUGGCUGAGACUUCUUGUUUCACCAUAAAGGCAAUAUGCAAUGCUGGAGUGUUGCAUGUGAUGCAAUGUAUCCUUGUGAUGUCAGCCACCUCAGUCUAUUUUGAGGCUAAGCUAGUGAGGAAAAGGAGCGUAGAGCCCCCUCAAACGAGAUUGGUAAAACUGUUUUAGUAUGGGGAGGUCUAGGGGGAUAAACUCCACUCGUUUGUGAAUGCAUUUGUUUUUCUGCCCAUUAUUUAAAAUCUAAACUUUUUUUUUUUAUUUUGAUCAGUGGAUUGAGUCUGGGCCUUUUCUGGGGUUUGCAAUAAUGCUGCUGGUGAGAUGUAAAGGCUUCAGAUAGUAAACGGGAAUGGCUUUUAUGGGCCUUGAUGGUUGUGUUUUUUUAUGGUGGAUGUAUUUCUCAAAUAAUUUUUAGUCCACCAGUACUCAAGUUAGAGUUUAGCCAUUUUUGAUGUGAAAGUUUGAUUUUUCAUUGUCUGCCUGAGUGUCUAUAAAUUUGAAUCCUUGCUUCUCACUUACAGUAACAAUUGUGCAGCAAAAAUAAACAUCCUCCCACAAUUAACAAGUUACAUUUCAGUGAUGUUCACUGACUACCAGCUUUUUCCCAUGCACAAUGUGGGGGAGUUGCAGGUCACUUCAACGAGUUUAUUUUAUAGGACUUAAAGAAUCAGAUCCCAGGAAAAUCCCAGACUCUGUGUUUGCCAGGGGAGACAUGCCCUCUCCAAUGUAGUAAAAGCAUGUUUUUUUUCCCACCUGUCUUUGAAAAAUUUUAUCUUUUUCUGGAGCUCUAUAUUGUAUGACUUUUAAACCUCUAAAUAAAAUUACUAUUUGCAUUUAUUUUUCAAUUGC